AUGAUGAAUUUCGAAGAAGAGAUCAAUCAACCCAUGAUCGACGCGUGGCAGAUCCCCACAUGCAACAACAGCGAAAACCCGGACUUUGACGACUAUAUAGGAAUCCUCAAUAGAGUUCCCGAUAGUGGAGGCGAUGGCUUAUAUGAGUCCGGAAUUGGCGCUUUGCCCGACCCCUUCCUCGACGUCGACUUCAGCAACCUCGAACUCGAACCUUUCGAAGCCAACGAUCCUUCUUUUCAACUUUUACCACCCCAAGAAGUCAAUUGGGACCCUCUUGAAUAUUCACUUCCGUCUUCUAGCGCAAAUCUCGUAGAAUGGGAAGAUUCCUUACCAAAAACUUCCAGCCCCCAGGAUGUAGAUCGGAUGAUGACUCCUUCUCUCACUAAGGGUGUUCUGGAGUCGGAUUCCGAUCACAAUCCGGGCAGUGUAUCCCCAUUUAAGUCGGGGACAGAAAUCCCAACCUCGAAUCAGUACCAGUUGUCCCAGGACGAAGCUACCGGAAUAUAUAUAUCUCCCGCGUUUCAAACAGAAUGCGAAAGGAAUAUUGCAUAUAAUGCACCUGGGUUGAUUUAUGCGAAUCAGCUAGGGAUCGAACAAAUGGGGUUUCUUGAUGCCUUACCCUCGCAGGACCAAGUUCCGUGUACAUCAAUCUACGGGCCAGUCUCGGCGCCCAACGAACCCUUAAGCUGUCAUACUCAACAAAACAGCAUUACGUAUGACGCUAAAGCUUUCGAAGACGACGCGCAGAAAAGGAAGCGAUCAGACAGCUUCCAGAGCAUACUGGCCAGCUCAGACGGGGAGCCACUGGCCAAACGCUCACGAGGAAGGCCUAGAACUCACCCACUACCACUGGACGCGGAAGGAAACCCCAUUCAACCUACCCGAAAAAAGGCACCACCAAAACAUACGCCUCCGGUGAAACCAAAGGUGCAAGGCUCUAAAGAAAUUUCAAAUAAAUAUCACCGUGCAAGUCCGGCCCAAGUACUCAUCCAUCACUCUUAUGGUAGUCCUCCUCGAUACCUGUCAGGGAACACAUGUCGAUUGCUUUUUAGUCGACUAGAAGAAAUCUCACGGAAUUAUCCGCAGUGCCAAAUCCAGGUCGUCUCCAUCGAAGAAAUCAAAGAGCUAGAUGAAAUUCUCGAUCUCUUCAGAAGAUAUUUUGACUAUAAAUUUCAUCAGAAUAAGGCUAUUUCAUUUAUGGGCGACUGGUUUGUUCGAACGAUUGAAGGAUUAUGGUUUGCUUUCUCUCCUGGCGCCGAGCGGUUUAGGAUUUUGAAAAAGAGAGAUGGAGAAGUGUUGAGGAUAUUCAAAGUUGGGAAGGGACUUACGGGAAAUUAUUUGAAUACUGAAGCAACUAUUGCAAUGGCUGUUCGGCAGCGGGAGAAAGAGAUGAUAGAGGAAGCGGAGACAAGGGAGGUCGCGGCAUAG